AUGAGCAGACGCACAAACUAUCCGAUCGUCCGCUGGGCUGUCUCCCGCCCCGACCAUUCCAACAACUCCUCAAACACAAACUCGCCUCGACAUUCCCAAUUCCCCUCCCUCGACUCCGACCACGACCCACCGCCCUCAUCCGCUCCACCGUCCCCGAACCAGCACCUCCUCGACGACGCCCUCACCGACACCAUCCUCCCCGCUCUCCCGCCCCAGGCACGAAUCUCAGACAACACCAUGCACUCCGCACGCCCUCUCUCCCGCCCACCAAACCUCCUCACAAACCUCGCCCGCGCAACUCUCCCUACCGCCUCCCUCUCCCCCCCACCCCACUCCACCUCCAUCCGCCCCGCCACCUCCUCAUCCUCUCUCCGCGGAUACGCAAGCGCAGACACAAGCCCCACCUCCCGAUCCACCGCCCUGCCCCCCGUCCACGUCCACACCCAGCCCCCGACGCGCUCCUCCAUCGACACCCUCCGCUCCGUCCGCGAUCGCCCCGCGAGCUUCCACUCCGCAGCUGGUCCCGCCGCCGGAACCUCGUUCAGCUGGUCAUGGUGGAACGACAACGUCGCGCCUCUCCUCGCAGACGAGGACCGUGCAGAGGCAGCCCAGGACACCCUUUCCAAGAAAUACCGUGCUCCAAAGAACCCAGUCGUGUUCUGCCACGGUCUCAUGGGCUUCGACUCCGUCACCAUCGGCCCGUCCAUCGCCCCUAUCGAGGUCACCCACUGGCGCGGCAUCAAGGAAGCACUCGAGGAGAACGGCGUCGAAGUCUAUAUGGCACGCGUCCCUGCGACGUCGUCUCCCGUCGAACGCGCCAAAGUUCUCGAAAAGGCCGUAUCAAAGGUCUUUCCCGGCCGAGCCGUCCAUCUCAUCGGUCAUAGCAUGGGUGGGCUCGACUGCCGAUACCUCACCACGCACCUCACCCAGCGCAGCUUCUCCGUCCUCUCCGUCACGACGAUCGCCACGCCGCACCGCGGCUCGUCCUUCGCGGACCACUUCCUCGCCACCAUCGGUAUGCACCGUCUCCCGUCCUUCCUCGCGCUCAUCGACUGGCUCCCCAACGGCAUCGGCGGCGGCGACGGCGCCGCGUUCAAGUGCCUCACCGUGGCUGCGAUGGCCAAGUUUAACGAGGAGACGCCGGACGUCGAGGGUGUGCGGUAUUUUAGCUGGGGGGCGGUGUAUGACCCUGGUCUCAUCGAUACGUGGAAAUGGUCGCAUAGCGUUAUUCUCGAGAAGGAAGGGCCAAACGACGGACUCGUCUCCGUCGAGUCGGCGAAAUGGGGGACGUACCUCGGCACACUGCAACACGUCAACCACCUCGACCUCGUCGGGUGGAUCAACGCCGCACGGUACAAGUGGGCCGAGAUGCGCGGCAAGGAGAUCCAGUUCCGGCCCGCGACGUUUUACCUCGGCAUCGUCGACUAUCUCGCGUGGGAGGUCGAGCGCCAGGGGCGCAGCGACGACGCUGUACCAGCUAAUUCCGACGCUGAUGCCGCCGAUGGUGAUGGUGUAGUAGGCCCGGUGGACGGUGCGGGCGAUCCGAUCGGGCGGAGCGACUCGGACACGAGCGAUGCGGUAAGGACGCGCAUGGAGGAGAGUCUCGAGGGUGUGCCGCACUCGUCGUCGCCGGCGGCGGAACCGCAGGAGGCGUCGCGCGAGCCAACGCCGGAGUCGGCGCAGACGGUCAAGGGUGCUCGACCGCCUGUGCGGACUUCUCCGCUCUCGCCGCCUGUUCAGCCGCCGUCUUCAUGAUACAUGCCUGAGCGAGCGCGUCGGUUAAAUCGUUUGGCAGCGUCUACAAACCGCAGGGUGCUAUCCGAUCGAUCGAUGUCAGACCGGACGCGCGUCCGGAUGCGACGUCAUGCAUCGUGCUUCGUUCGCGCCGGCACGAGCUGUCAAGGAUCUGUUGUCCUGCUUCGGAGUCAUUUCCAUUUUCACGAUCACGAUCACGAUCAAGCACAGGAACCAUGAAUGAGUCCACGCACGCACGGACACGACAUUAUAUCCAUCCUCAUUAUUCAUCGUACACUGCAACUGCAACUGCAAUUAUUAGCUAUCUCUCAGAAGCCACGGGCAUCAUGGUCACCGGUAUGCAACAAACAUUAUAUCAUUAUCAAUCUUACAGUAAUAACGGCCCGCUCGAACUCGAGCUCGCCCUACUGCGAUACCUUACUUAUACCCUUGCGUCAAUGCUAGACUUAAUCCAACCUGAUUUCGAAGUGAAUUACUAC